AUGCGGUUGCUUCUCCCGCUUAUUCUCCUUGUUAUUGGAGUCUAUAGUUUAGACAAUGGUCUCGGAAGAACUCCGCCUAUGGGAUGGAUGUCUUGGACUGCUUUUUAUUGUGAAAUUGAUUGUCAGAAGCAUCCGACAGGCUGUAUCAAUGAGCAAUUGUACAAAGAUAUGGCUGAUCAACUUGUUUCCGGAGGGUACGAUAAACUUGGUUACAAAUCUGUCCACAUUGAUGACUGUUGGUCGGAAAUGGAGAGAGAUUCAAAUGGAGUACUGGUUGCCAACAAGACAAGAUUUCCAAGUGGAAUGAAGACUUUGGCUAAAUAUAUGCAUGACCGUGGACUGAAAUUCGGAAUCUACGAAGACUACGGAACAAAGACUUGUGGAGGAUAUCCAGGAAGUUAUAAACAUGAAAGAACGGAUGCUCAAACAUUCGCUGCUUGGGAUGUUGAUUAUUUGAAACUCGAUGGAUGUAAUAUUGAUCAAGCUAUGAUGCCAAUCGGAUAUCCUCUUUUUGAGAAAGAAUUGAAUGCGACUGGCCGUCCGAUUAUGUAUUCAUGCAGUUGGCCAGCUUAUUUGAUUGAUCAUCCAGAACUUGUUAAUUACCAUUUAAUUGGAAAGUAUUGUAACACUUGGAGAAAUUUUGAUGAUAUCAACUCUUCCUGGAAAUCAAUUAUCUCAAUUAUUUCAUAUUAUGACAAAAAUCAAGACAAACAUAUUCCAACUCAUGGACCGGGAAGAUGGCAUGAUCCAGAUAUGCUUGUGAUUGGAAAUAAGGGAAUUACUUUGGAUAUGUCUAUUUCUCAGUUCACAGUUUGGUGUAUCUGGUCAGCUCCCCUUAUCAUGUCAAAUGACUUGCGUAUCAUUGGAGAUGAGUUCAAAGGAGUUCUUCAAAAUAAAGAAGCGAUUAGAAUAAAUCAGGAUCCACUUGGAAUUAUGGGAAGACUCAUUAAGAAUAGUACUGAUAUCGCAACAUACGUCAAGCAAAUCACUCCAUCCAAAGGUGACAAGAAAUCAUUCGCAUUCGCCCUCUUGAACAGAAAUGAAAAGAAGGGAUACGAACGCGUAGAAAUCCUUCUUUCUGCUAUCGGCCUCACAGAUCCAGCUGGUUAUUACAUCCAUGAUAUCUGGGCUCACGUUGACCUCGGUCUCCUUCGCCCAUCAGACAGUAUCAUUGUGAACAUUGCUCCAGCUGGAAGUUCAUUCUUCCGUGCUGACGUGGCUUCUAUUCAUCAACCAAUAGGAAGAAGACGUUACAAACUGGAUAAUUCUAAUGUUGUCUACGAGUUUGAGAAGUCACAAGCUCAGUUUGAGCGUCCAGAUCUCUCAGAUUAUUUGAGAACCAAUAGAGUUCCGUUCUAA